AUGGCCAUCCUCAAUGAAUCAUACCUCAUCAGGUUGUCCAUGACUGUGAGUCCUUUAAGGAAAAAAAGGAAAAGGCAGACGGAAAUAGAAGGGAAGAGACAACAGCUCGAGGACCAGAUUCUUCAGCUGCAGCAUUUCAAGUCAAAAGCUCUUCGGGAAAAAUGGCUGAUGCAGGGAAUUCCUGCAAGUUCUCCGGCCGAGGAAGAAGCCAGGAAGAGACAGUCAGAAGAAGAUGAGCUGAAAGUGAAAAAACUUGAAGGCAACAUACAUAGAUUAGAACAAGAAAUAGGAAAGCUUGAAUGUGAAGAAUCCCAAAUAUCUGCCAAAGAACAGAUCAUCUUAGAAAAACUAAAGGAGACAGAAAAAUCUUUUGAGGACUUACAAAAGAGUUUCUCACACCAAGAUGGAGAUGCAGUAAAUUACAUUUACUCCCAGAUCCCUGAACUCACAACUCUCUAUUCACAAGCAACAGAGGCUGUUCCUGGGAAAGACAGAACAAGCAGGGUAACUGCUUUGUACAGCAUGGAAAUUAAUGUGGAGAAAGACAAACAAACUGGAGAGACCAAGAUUCUCUCUACGUCCCCCAUUGGCCCCGAGGCUGCCCGUCAGAGAGGAAUCAAAGUCUAUGAUGAUGGUACCAAAGUAGUCUAUGAGAUGCAUUCUGGAGGCACGGUGGUAGAAAACGGAGUACAUAAGUUAAGCUCAAAGGACGUAGAUGAUCUUAUUCAGAAAGCAGGGCAAUCAAGCAUAAAAGGAGGGGCUAUAUCAAUAGUGGAUGGAAACCUCAGUCACAUGAAGGAACAAAUUCUUUUUAAGGAAGCAAAACUAGAGAUGGUGCACAAAUCCAGCAAAAGACUUUCUGGGAACCCUCCACACCAAGCAAAACUUUCUGGGGAUGAAAUCCCAGAAGCCAGUUCAGAUCACCCAGUAACAAUGAUAUUUAUGGGUUAUCAAAAUAUUGAUGAUGAAGAUGAGACCAAAAAGGUAUUGGGCUAUGAUGAGACAAUCAAGGCCGAACUGGUCCUUAUUGAUGAAGAUGAUGAAAAAUCAUUACGUGAGAAGACAGUGACUGAUGUGUCGACUAUGGAUGGAAAUGCUGCUGAGUUAGUUUCUGGGAGGCCCUUGUCAGACACAACAGAGCCCUCUUCACCAGAGGGAAAAGAAGAAAGUUUACCAAUGGAGAAAGUCCCAGGUACAGAAAAGAAAAAGCGCUGUCAGUGCUGUAAUGUCAUGUGA